AUGGACUGGGAUGAUCUGGGAGCAAGUUUCUCAGAGGAGUUACCAGACUCAAUUGGAAAUCUUGAAAUGGAAGAACUUGACCUUUCUUUUUGUGAUUUCACAGGGUCUAUCCCUUCAUCUCUUGGAAGCCUCACCAAAAUCACUUUCUUACAUUUAAAAUUUAACAAUUUUGAAGGUCAAAUUCCAGAUGUUUUUGGGAAUUUCAAGAAACUAAUUAAGUUGGAUUUUUCUUUUAACAAUUUCCAUGGUUUAUUGCCAUCAUCAGCAUUUAACAAUUUGUUGACAAAUGAAGAGCAAUUUCCUAGGAAGACUUUUCAGACAAUUGACCUUCGUUCAAAUUCGCUUCAAGGACCACUUCCUACUCCCCCACAGACAAUACAUCAUCUCUUCAUUUCAGAAAAUGAAUUGACAGUAGAAAUCCCUUCAGGGUUUUGCAAUAUAACUUUCCCUCAAGUCCUCAACUUGUCAAAGAACAACUUGAGUGGAAUCAUUCCAAAAUGUCUUGGAAAUUAUGACUUCGUCUCUGUUUGA